UAUACCCAUUCUUCACUCUUCAAAUCAAAUCCAAACACAAAUCGUCUCAUAAAAAUGGAUGGUUCUUCCGUUGUCCUGGCGCCUUCAGUCCAAGAGUUGGAAAAACAAGGAAUUACAAAAGUUCCAAAACAAUAUCUUCAACCAAAUCAAGACUCUAUUCUUGUAUCUAACACAACAUCGUUACCGCAACUCCCAGUUAUCGACCUUAGUAAACUGUUAUGUGAAGAUGCAAUUGAGCUAGAGAAUCUAGACCAUGCUUGUAAGGAUUGGGGUUUCUUCCAGCUAAUUAAUCAUGGAGUCAACCCUUUAUUGGUAGAAAAUAUUAAAAUUGGUGUUCAAAAAUUCUUCAACCUUCCAAUAGAAGAGAAAAAGAAGUUUUGGCAAACAACUGAAGAAAUGCAAGGGUUUGGACAAGUUUAUGUUGCAUUAGAGGAAGAAAAGCUAAGAUGGGGAGAUAUGUUCUUCAUCAAAACUUUCCCAUUGCACACAAGGCAUCCCCAUCUAAUUCCUUGUAUCCCACAACCAUUCAGAGAUAAUCUAGAGAGCUAUUCUCUAGAAGUGAAUAAACUAUGUGUGACACUCAUUGAAUUUAUGUCAAAAGCAUUAAAGAUCAAACCAAAUGAAUUGCUAGAUAUAUUUGAAGAGGGAAGCCAAGCAAUGAGAAUGAAUUAUUACCCUCCUUGUCCUCAACCAGAUCAAGUCAUUGGACUGAAUCCUCAUUCUGAUGCUGGUACCCUUACCAUCCUUCUCCAAGUCAAUGAAAUGGAAGGACUUCAAAUAAAAAAGGAUGGAAUUUGGAUUCCAAUCCGUCCUCUCUCUGAUGCUUUUGUUGUUAAUGUUGGAGAUAUCUUGGAGGUACAAACCAAUGGAAUUUACCGAAGCAUUGAACAUCGAGCAACAGUGAAUUCAGAGAAGGAGAGAAUCUCUGUUGCAGCAUUUCACGCUCCUCAUAUGGGAGGAUAUAUAGGUCCAACACCCAGCCUUGUUACUCCUCAAAGUCCUGCAUUAUUCAAAACUAUGCCUACUGCAGAUUUCCUCAAUGGAUACAUUGCAAGUAGGAUAAAGGGGAAAUCGUACUUGGAUGUUGUUAGGAUAAAAAACGAGAUUCAUGAAUAAUUUCAAUUCAUACUUCAUAGUUUUACCGAUCCUUUUAUAUCCUAUCCUACAUGAAAUAAGAGGAGUUAGGCUUUGAUCCUAUAUAUAAAAUAUGAAAUAUCAAGUGAACAGCAUGUAACACUCUAUUUCUAUUCAAGUGAUAAAACACACGAAUAAAACAUAUAUUUAAGAAA